UGUUAUCGCAAAGACAAAGCAUAACUUCAAAAAUAAAUAAACAAAAGUGAAAACAAAAUAAGAGUAUUCUUUUAAAUUAAUUAAAAAUAAAUAAAUAAAAAUGGCCACAAAUGUUACUGCAGCUGUAAUAGCCAAUAGAAAUAAGAAAAACUUUCUAGGAAUUCCAGCUCCCUUGGGAUAUGUAGCUGGAGUCGGUCGUGGAGCCACUGGUUUUACGACGCGUUCUGAUAUUGGUCCAGCUCGUGAUGCAAAUGAUGUUUCAGACGAUAGACAUGCACCACCUGCUGCAAAAAGAAAAAAGAAAGAAGAAGAAGAGGAAGAUGAUGAAGAUUUAAAUGAUUCUAAUUAUGAUGAGUUUAGCGGCUACAGUGGUUCUUUAUUUUCGAAAGAUCCAUAUGAUAAAGACGAUGAAGAAGCUGAUGCUAUUUACGAAUCAAUUGAUAAACGGAUGGAUGAAAAACGAAAAGAAUAUCGUGAAAAGCGAAUGAAGGAAGAUUUAGAAAGGUAUCGCCAAGAAAGACCGAAAAUUCAGCAGCAAUUUUCAGAUUUAAAAAGAUCUUUGUCAAAUGUCACUGCCGAAGAAUGGGCAAACAUUCCAGAAGUUGGAGAUAGUAGAAAUAGAAAACAAAGAAAUCCCAGGGCUGAAAAGUUUACACCUCUUCCGGACAGUGUUCUAUCUAGAAAUUUAGGAGGAGAAACUACGACUAAUAUAGAUCCCAGAUCUGGCAUUGCUUCAAUGAUUCCAGGGGUUGCAACACCUGGAAUGUUAACACCUACGGGUGAUUUAGAUUUGAGAAAAAUUGGACAAGCAAGAAAUACUUUGAUGAAUGUAAAACUUUCACAAGUUUCUGAUUCUGUCACUGGACAAACAGUUGUAGACCCAAAAGGUUAUUUAACAGAUUUACAAUCAAUGAUUCCUACAUAUGGGGGUGAUAUCAAUGAUAUCAAGAAGGCUCGUUUACUUUUAAAAAGCGUACGUGAAACCAAUCCCAAUCAUCCACCUGCCUGGAUAGCGAGCGCUCGUUUAGAAGAAGUCACUGGCAAAGUGCAAAUGGCAAGAAAUUUAAUUAUGAGAGGAUGCGAAAUGAAUCCAUUAAGUGAGGACUUAUGGCUUGAGGCAGCACGUUUACAACCCCCUGACACAGCGAAAGCUGUAAUUGCACAAGCUGCAAGACAUAUACCGACUUCAGUUCGUAUUUGGAUUAAAGCAGCUGAUUUGGAAAGUGAAAUCAAAGCAAAAAGAAGAGUUUAUCGAAAAGCUUUGGAACAUAUCCCGAAUUCAGUGCGAUUGUGGAAAGCUGCUGUUGAAUUAGAAAAUCCGGACGAUGCACGGAUUUUACUUUCUCGUGCUGUUGAAUGUUGUAAUACAAGCGUAGAGUUAUGGUUAGCGUUGGCUAGGUUAGAAACAUAUGAAAACGCUAGAAAAGUUUUAAAUAAAGCUCGUGAAAAUAUUCCCACUGAUCGUCAAAUCUGGACAACGGCAGCAAAACUGGAAGAAGCUCAUGGAAACAUCCAUAUGGUAGAAAAAAUUAUUGACAGAGCAUUAACCUCUUUAACUGCAAAUGGGGUCGAGAUUAACAGAGAACAUUGGUUUCAAGAAGCUAUUGAAGCAGAAAAAUCGGAAGCUGUACAUUGUUGUCAAGCAAUUAUAAGGGCAGUUAUUAGUAUAGGAGUUGAAGAGGAAGAUCGUAAGCAGACAUGGAUUGAUGAUGCCGAAUUUUGUGCGAAAGAAAAUGCUUUUGAAUGUGCCAGAGCUGUUUAUGCAUAUGCUUUGCAAGAAUUUCCGUCCAAAAAAAGUAUUUGGCUUCGAGCGGCAUAUUUUGAAAAAAAUCAUGGUACUAGAGAAAGCUUGGAGGCUCUUCUUCAAAGAGCUGUUGCGCAUUGUCCAAAAUCUGAAAUUCUUUGGCUAAUGGGUGCUAAAUCUAAAUGGUUAGCAGGAGAUGUACCAGCUGCUAGAGGUAUUUUAUCUUUAGCCUUUCAGGCUAAUCCCAACUCAGAAGAUAUUUGGUUGGCUGCUGUAAAGUUGGAAAGUGAAAAUGCUGAAUAUGAAAGAGCUAGACGUUUACUGGCCAAAGCUAGAGCGUCGGCCCCAACGCCAAGAGUUAUGAUGAAAUCAGCUCGUUUAGAAUGGGCACUGAAUAACUUGACUGAUGCUCGGAAACUUUUGGAUGAAGCUGUAAAGGUAUUUCCAGAUUUCGCAAAAUUGUGGAUGAUGAAAGGACAAAUUGAAGAACAGGAAAAUUUAUUAGAAGAUGCGGCAGACACAUAUAAUACCGGACUUAAAAAGUGUUCUACUUCUAUACCCUUAUGGAUCCUUUCUUCACGUUUAGAAGAACGAAAAGGAACAUUGACUAAAGCCCGUUCUAUUCUAGAGCGUGCUAGAUUAAAAAAUCCUAAAAACUCGCAAUUAUGGUUGGAAGCCAUUCGAUUAGAAAUACGUGGAGGUUUCAAAGAAAUUGCUAAUACAAUGAUGGCACGUGCCCUUCAAGAAUGUCCCAAUUCUGGUGAAUUGUGGGCCGACGCGAUAUUUAUGGAAUCAAAACCACAACGAAAGAGUAAAUCUGUUGAUGCAUUAAAGAAAUGUGAGCAUGAUCCCCAUGUUUUGUUGGCAGUGUCCAAAUUGUUUUGGACAGAACAUAAAAUGCAAAAAUGUCGAGAAUGGUUUAAUCGAUCAGUGAAAAUCGAUCCAGAUUUAGGAGAUUCAUGGGCAUACUUUUAUAAGUUUGAAUUAUUGCAUGGUACUGAGCAACAACAAAACGACGUUAUUGAAAGAUGCGUAGCUGCAGAGCCUAAACAUGGGGAAGUAUGGUGUAAAGUCAGUAAAAAUAUUACAAAUUGGUGCUUCAAGACACCAGACAUUCUGUCAGCAGUUGUAAAAGAUUUGGCGAUUCCAGUAUAAAUUAAAUGACAACGCUAAAAAUUAAAUUUAUUGUAAUAGAAGUAGGAAAACUUCUGAUAUUUAUAAAUUAAAUUGUUUGGAAUUACAUGUAUUUAAUUUUUUUCACAA